AUGCGGCAGUUCCCCUUUGACGGCCACAAGCUGCCUGUAUGAAAUGCAAAAAUGUCUGGGUCUGGAAGAUUCUGAGACUUGUCAACAUGCAUGUUUUGCAUGACCCAGGACGACUAUAAUGCACGCCCUAGCAUCACAGAUUUUCAGAGGGCUUCCUGAUGCCUACUCCGCAUGACAAGCGCUCUCCUCGCGUAGCACAAACUACACUCCUCUUGCUGGUCAUGCAAUACAGAGCUUCUUAGAUUCCGAAGUUAGCAUCACAAGUUCCAACCUUCCAGACCCAGACAUUUUUGCAUUUGAUAGCCUGCGCAGUUGAGCAACUGCUUCUCCGGGGACCAAAGUUUGAUGGAUGUGGUGGUCUACGCGGUGGACUUUGACUAUGGAUGUGUCAGGAUCAAAAUCGACAAAAUCGAAAAACUUGUGAUGCAUAAAAUGUAGAGCACUGGAGGCCUGUAUUGGGGAGCAGGCAUAUGAGGCCGAAUGUAAGCCUGUGUAGGGGUAUGCAAUCAUGUGCUGCCAGAGUAGCAUGACAGGAGGAGUCUUCUUUCCCCAAUCAGCAUGAUAGACUGGAUUUUGGUGCUCCCGAAAUUUGUCAUGCGCCACUUGAAAGCUGAGGCUUCAACUGACAUCGAUUUUGUGCAUCACAAAUUUUUUGAUUUUGGCAAUUUCGCUUCUGACACUCCCAUAUUGACCGCCGCUGUUGCCACGACCCGGAGUGGGACGUGUGCGUGCCGGAGGUGGACCGCAAAGGGCCCGCGGAAACGGUGAUCUACCUGCCGGUGCAGCGCUACCACUUCUACUACACCCUGAACUUCGUCGUCUUCAUGUUCUUCCUCAACCUGAUCGGGCUCACCGGGUUCGCGGUGGUAUCCCACGAAAAAAGUGUUACAGUUACACAUGUGUUGUCAAUUCAGCAACACAAAUUUUCUCUGCAUGAGAGAGAAAACUUGCAAUGCAGAGAUCAUAAGGGAAAACACGUAUGAAAUGAGGCUCCUAAGCAUUUUGUGCAUGACAGAGCUUGUCUCUGUUGCUUGCUCUGCAACACAAUGUGUAACUGUAACAGUUUUUUCUUUGCAUAGGUGGCCACCGACGACGUGGCGGACCGGAUCGCGAUCUCCGCCACGGUAUGCAUUGCAAAUAUGUCAGUCUGGGUCUGGAAGAUUGCGAGACUUGUCAUGCUGGUGUCUUCGGAUUCUAUAAAAAAUUUGUAUUGCAUGAGCAGCAAGAGAAGUAGAUUUUGUGCUCCGCGGAGAUGGCAUUUCUCAUGCGGAAUAGGGAUGAAGAAGCGCUCUAAAAAUCUGUGAUGCUAGGCCAUGCAAUACAGGCAAUAUGGAUCAUGCAAAAUGUGCAUGACAGUGACAGAUCUUGUUGCAUUUCUCCAGACCCAAACAUAUUUGCAGUUGAUACACGGUGGCGCUGGCCGCGAUUGCCUACAAGCUGUUCUGCUCCGACGUUUUACCGAAGAUCAACUACAACACCGCCCUGGACUGGUACAUUCUGCUGUCCUUCCUCUGGAUCUUUCUCCUGAACAGCUACUUCGCGACGGCGAGCUCGCACUUCCUGUUCAACUUCGGCGGCGACAGCGCGGCAUCGGAGGCGGAGGUGCGAGCGUUCACGAAGGAGGAGGAGCGGGUAGCCUGUGGGUCGCUCACCUGCCUCGCCAUCGGCAUCUUCGCCGGGUGGCCGUUAUUUCGGUACUUUGUCGUAAAACGCGACUUAUCCAGUGCAAAAGUCUCGUUACUCGUACUCUACUAAUUGCGUUUAUGCAUUACAAAUCUCUUUACUAAGGCAAAUCCGCAUUACAAAUUGUAAUGCUAAGUGAAUUUGUAAUGCAAGUUAGACUAGUGCGAUUGCGAUACUUUUGCAAUGCAUAUGACUGGGCAGUGGUGGAUCCCAACGCCACGGAAGAUCCGUACAUCCUCUACCUAUUCUGCGAAAACGUGUUUUUCUUGAAGAACAUGCUGCGGAUGUAGGAACGAGAUCCGCAGGAGUUGUUGGAUGAGUGACCAGGGAUGUAGUUGUGGCCACACGAAGACCACAAGAUGAAACUUGUAAGAUGAUCUUGUAGAACUACCGUCACCAGCGGUAACUCGAGAUGACUGAUAGGAGAAGUGCACCAUCCAUGAGCAUGACCAACAGUGCCAUGAGCAUGACCACAUUUCGACACUUCUUGAAUAAAUUAAUACCGUUCAAAAUGAUAGUACUCGUGUCUCGUGUGCCCAGAUAGAAAAUGUUCCUUCUGUUUUAGUACGGAGUACGACUACGUCUCGCUGAUUGUUGUUGAUGAGUCCACAAGCUAGGCACAAGACUGCCCGUGAUCAGAAUGAUCUUUUUGAUCAUCAUAUACCUGCUUCUUGGUAGUUGCAUCAAACGGAAUAUCGAGAAAACGAGAACGGAGAUCAGAAUUUAGCUUGAGAGGAAUGUGCCUUUUCUUCGUGUGCCCUGUCAGAAACGGUACAUCAUAUUUAGGAUCCUCAGACGAGAAGGAGCUCUGUAUAGACAAGUG